AUGUCCGGCCUGAAGAACUCGCCGUUCGGCAAACGCGUCCGGGCGACGCAGCAGGACGAGGACGACCGCGACAGCCGGCCGCGCACGCGUCCGCGGAUAAACUCCAUGUUUCCCGGAAAUAGUGCUGGUGCCGGGCCGUCGUCUACGCCGUCCUCGGACGACUCGUACUCGUACGGCCACGCGCGGAUGGCCGGGCCGAGUGGAUCGUCUAUCGUCAGGGAGUACGGCGAUCGGUUCGUGCCCGCACGAGACGCGGGCGAUCUGAGGACGAGCUACAAUUUGAUGGAGGAGACGGGCCACCACUCGCCGUCCAAGGCCAAGCUGAUCCCUACCGAAUCUGACGCUGUGAAAGAACAAGCCAACUCGCUCUUCAAUUCCAUUCUGCACACCGAAGUCGCGCCGUCAUCACCAACCCGCACCCGGCCCUCGUCGCCCGCGCGCCCACAACAAGCCAUAGCCGGCCCGUCCACGCCGAACCGGAUGCGUCUGUUCGCCUACGCCUCGCCCGGUGGCUCAGACCCCACCACGCCCUCGCGCCGGCUCGACACGCCGAUCGACCAAGCGUACUCCCUCUCGCCCGUCCGCGCCUCGUCCCGCGCCCUCCUCGAGUCCCCGCGCCGCCAGCUCCGCGCAGUGUGCAAGACGCCCUACCGCGUGCUCGACGCGCCCGACCUCGCAGACGACUUUUACCUGAACCUCGUCGACUGGAGCAGCACGAACGUGCUCGCCGUCGGCCUGGGCGCGCAGGUGUACCUCUGGACGGCCCACACGGCCGCCGUCUCGCGCCUCUGCGAUCUCGCGCCCGACACCAUCUCCUCCGUCUCGUGGGUCCAGAAGGGCAGCCAGCUCGCCAUCGGCACUAUAGCCGGCCGCCUGCACAUCUACGACGCCGCGCAGCUCAGCAUGGUCCGGACGUUCAAGAAGGCGCACGCGCAGCGCAUCGGCGCGCUCGGCUGGAUGGGCCCCGUGCUGGCGAGCGGGAGCAGGGACCGGCUGAUCCAUUUUCGGGACGUAAGGGAGAAGACCGUUAAGCCGUUCAAGGCGUCCGCGGCGCAUCGGCAGGAGGUGUGCGGGCUGAGGUGGAACGAGACGACGGGCCUGCUCGCGAGCGGCGGGAACGACAAUAAAGUGUGCAUUUGGGAUCUGAGGGGCAGCAGGAGGAGCCGCGCGGCGAGCAGGGGUGUGCCGCCGGCUGUGCCGCCCGCGGCGAGCGGCGAGGAGGACGAUACGCCGCUGUGGAAGUUCCACGAGCAUAAUGCUGCUGUCAAGGCGCUCGCGUGGGAUCCGCAUGUUAGUGAUGUCCUGGCGAGCGGGGGCGGAACGCAGGAUAAACAUAUUCGGUUUUGGAACGUGCAGUUUGGGAACUGUAUUGGGGCGCUCGACACUGGAUCUCAAGUCUGCAAUUUGACUUGGAGUCUUACGAGCCAUGAGCUUGUGUCUACGCACGGGUUCUCGAGCUCGACGGCGCAGAACCAGAUCUGCAUAUGGCGGUAUCCCGCGUUGGAGAUGGUCGCGAGUCUGGCCGGGCACACGAGCAGAGUGCUGUACCUCGCCAUGAGCCCAGACGGCGAGACAAUCGUGACGGGUGCCGGCGACGAGACGUUGCGGUUCUGGAAUGCGUUCCCCAAGAGGGAAGAGAGCGGACGAAGAGAGAGCGCGUUGGAUUACGGGAAGCUGAUUCGGUGA